AUGGCUUCUCAACCUCCCUUUGAGACAAAUUUCUCCUCGAUUUUCGGAAGCUCCUUUCCGGGAUCAACUAGUGAUAACAAUACGGUCGAACCAACUGUCCAAGCCGCAGGCAUAAAGCUUCCAGUGAUCAAUCUCAGCCAUCUAACUAAUGGCGACGAGGUCAAGCGCAAACGUUGUGUGAGACAAAUGGUUGAGGCAGCCAAAGAGUGGGGAUUCUUUCAAAUUGUGAACUAUGGAAUUCCCAAAGAGGUCUUUGAGAUGAUGUUUCUCGAGGAGAAGAAACUAUUUGACCGAUCCUUUUCUGAGAAAGUCGGAGAAAAGUUCUCGGACUUAUCAAAGAAUUGUUACCGGUGGGGAAACCCUAGCGCCACUUCUCCGGCUCAGUACUCCUUGUCGGAAGCGUUUCACAUCACUCUUGCAGAGAUCUCGAGCUUUUCUUAUGAACGCAACAACCUCAGUUUUCUAAGGUUUAACAAAUAUCAUCCUCGUGUUUUUGGUUCAGAAGUGUUAGGCUUGGUUCCUCAUACCGACACAAGUUUCAUCACUAUACUCUUUCAAGAUCAAAUCGGAGGAUUAGAAUUGAAUAAAAAUGGACAAUGGAUCGGCGUAAAACCUUGUUCAGAAGCUCUUACGGUGAAUAUCGGUGAUAUGUUUCAGGCACUAAGUAAUGGAGUUUACCAGAGCGUGAGACACAGAGUGAUUUCUCCAGUAAAUGUCGAGAGAUUGUCGAUAGCUUUCUUCGUAUGUCCUUACCUCGAAACGGAGAUCGAAUGUUUUGGGAAUCCAAAAAAGUAUAGAAGAUUCAGUUUCAGAGAGUACAAAGAGCAGAAUGAACGUGAUGUUAAAGAAACCGGUGAUAAGGUAGGCUUAUCUAGUCACAUCGGUACAACCGUACAAGGGAAUUACAAGGCCAUAAUUGGCACAGAAAAUCCGACCACUAGGCGAAGGCGGAAACGAACGGUCGGAGACGAUUCUCGGAGUCGAUUUGGAGAUUUUGUGGAAGAUCAUACAUCGUUAUCGUUCAUUUCGAGUGAUUUGAUCGAUCAUACAAAUCAGAAGCCAUGGAUAAGUCUGAGUGGUUUUGAGUUUAUCAACCAGAUGUCCCCAGCAGGAGCUGAAGCAUCAAGCAGUCGUAAAGGUAAAGGUAUUCGACUGAAACACCACCGACACGACUUUUCUUUUCUCUCUGUUCUCGAUAAUGGGCGAAUUGAAGACAACGAUGGCCGUGGAGGACAAGGGAGAGACCCUGUGUGGAGGUGUUAUCAAGUCGAUGGACAAAACCGGACCUGUUCUUGA